AUGGCAACCUUGGAGACUGUCCCGGAGGAAAUUUUCCUUUCCAUUUUCGACUGUCUCGACCAUUCAUACAAGCCAGACUACUUGCGAUAUUUGACUGUUUCCAGGCGCUGGCAGCGUGCUGUCGAGCGCUUCUUUUUUGAGGACUUGAGUAUUGACAGUGCCCAGCUGUCAAAUUUUGCGGCUCUUUUCCAGGGGAAGGGGGCGCAUCGGAAGGCUCUCGUCAAGCAGCUUUCUUAUCAUGCUGUACUGCCCCCCUACGAUGGAGACGACUGUCAUCAACACGAAGAACUGAACAACCAAGUCUUCUCAGCAGCCAUCCUUGAGUUAUUCCAAAUUCUUGAGACUUUCAGCGAAGAUGAGGCUGUCAAGGCAAACUUCGGAAGGGGGCGUGGGAUUGUGUUAUAUCUAGAACCCCCGGUAUCUCCAAACGACAAAAAUAUCCCCCCCCCGGACAAAGAGUACCGGCUUCAUGCAGUUUUUAUCCGGCUUCUAAACCCCAAGCAGUUGCCUACCCUAGCUUGUGUAUCGGACCUUAUUGUCGGCUGCAUUGGGGGGAGACGCAUCCUUGACCCGGCAUCAGGUGUAUAUCUCGCAAGUAUGAUGAAAAAUUUGAACUGUUGGAGGAUGUCUUAUAACGAUUAUUGGGAGAGUAUCACGGAUGAGACACUGAUAAGAAUCCGUCGUGACUUCAUCAAAGCACUGUCCAAUCACAACCAGGCCGUGGCGAAGUUCGACCUCAGAUCGCAGUCUUGCGAUAGAAUAGACGAAUCAAUCCCAGCUCCAAAGCAUACCUCAUCCCCCACAGCAAUGGACCCGUUCAGUAUCGCCAUACACGAAUUUAUUCAACGAGCAAAUGUUUCAGUAAUAGACAUUGAGGGAACCCAUCCCAUGUCACCAGAGAUAUUAUGGCCAUAUAAGACUGUAAAAGAUGUCCCAGUACCCCUAUGGCCAAAAUUGGAACAUAUUUUUCUUUAUCCCGCUCACCACACACCUGACGGAGACUGGUACUUUUCUGGGGAUCCAAAAAUUGCGUCUCACUCUGAAUUUAGUGGACCUGCUAAUGGAAAUGGCGUCAAAAAUCUUGUGCGGCUUGCGGGCCAAACUGAGAAUACCUUUCGGUCUGUUCUGGUUCCGGAAAGAAUUGAUCCCUUUCUCAAAGCGAUUGCCCAAGUCGUCCGUCACGUACCUUCCCUCCGACGACUUGAUGUAUGGUUCGGGGACGAACAACUUUGUCCAAGAUAUGUAAAAGUGGAUGAUCUAAGGAGACGGUUUCGCAUUUUCUAUUUUGCCCCUGGCAUGAAAUCAUGGUAUGAUGAAGAAAGCCCACGGAGUAGACCCAGAAUAAUAUGCGAUGUUGGGGGUUCGUGGCGUGCAAGCGAGGAAAUUGAAGAGAUGUGGAUGGAAGCUAUGGGCCCAAAUGGAUUAAUCCACUAUCAUCAUUGA